AUGCCUAAAAAGGACACUAUCAAAACAUAAAACCCACAAAUAUUUAACUACCUAAAAUGAUUUUUUUUUAUAUACAUCUUUCAUCUCUCGUUGCAGAACGAACUCCACUCAUCGUGAUUGCUGAGAAGAAGACGUGGAAAGAAGCCCUGAAGUUCUGCAGACAGAAUCACAUGGACCUGGUUUCUGUUUACUCGCAGGAAAUGCAGGACUGGGUGAAAGUAGUCACUAAAAACGCCUCCACUAACAUGUGGAUUGGCCUGCGUCACACCUGCGCUCUGGGCUUCUGGUACUGGGUGAGAGGAGAGAUGAUCUGCUACCAAAACUGGGCUCCAGGUAACGGAACCGGAGUGGAGGAUUGUGGUGAUGUGGAGAGAACCGGAGCGGUGCUGUCUGAGAGUAAGAAGUGGGUCAGCCUGCCACAGACUGACGAACUCUCCUUCAUCUGUAUCACCUUCUAGUGGAGGUCAGAGAUCUCUACAUUUCUCACUAAUUAAAAUUAUUCAUAGAGAAAUGAGACUCAUGACUCAAGAUUCAUGUUCUUUAUU